UCUCCGUGGCUUCAUCGAUUCAAAACGCUCUAUGUGGGCGUCUUGUGUGUGAAAGCGUCAGCAUGGAAAUGUUGAAGAUAGAGAAAGUCGUUGUUGGAGGUGAGAUGAUGUCCACCGCAGCAGAGAUCAAGUCCGAGCCCGUGAUCACCCCUGUGCAGCCCUAUCAGCAUGAGAGUCUACAGUGUUUUCAAUGCUUCAUCACCUUCUGUAAUUCCAAAGCCAAGGAGAGGCACAUGAGGAAGAGUCAUCGGGAGCAAUACAAACAGCAGCUGCAGCAGACUGAUACACUCUUCACAUGUUACAAGUGUGACAAGAGCUUCUCCUCCUCCGAGGAGCUCAGCCAGCACCAGACCAGCCACAGCACAGAGGAGAAGCCCUUCUGCUGCCCUUAUUGCCAGGAUAGCUUCUUUACAUUCACUGAGCUGACAAAACACAGACGGCAUGAGUGCAUAGAGAGACGGUGUCCCUGUAGAGACUGCGGUGCCUUGUUCCCCAGCCCUUCGCGACUUCGCAACCAUCGCAUCGCAGUGCACCCCCAGCGCCCGAUAGUGGCUGAAGACAUCAAUACCUACCAAUGUUGUAAAUGCACUAGGGGUUUCCAGACGGAAGAACAGCUCCUGCAACACCAGGAGAAAUUUGCUAGUUAUGUAAACUGUGACGUAAAGCAGCCAGCCAAAAAACGUGGCCGUAAACCCAAGCACGCAGCUCAGGUAAAGGUAGUUAACAAGAAGAUCAAAGAAGAAGAGGAAACGGAGGAAUGCACCAACAAUGAGGGGCAACAGGAACUCAAGAUCCCUUGUUCUGAAGCAGAUUGUGACCUCCUAUUUCCUUCUGUUGCCUCCCUGCGGGUACACAAGAAGGAUAAACAUGGGUCUACCCUGCCCCUUCAGAAGGCUCAUGCAUGCACAGAAUGUGAUGAGAGCUACGCACGGCCUGACCAACUCAAAGCACACAUUGUCAGAGCUCACCGCCUUGCAUACACCUGCCCCACUUGCGGGAAGAGCUUUGCACGAGAGAGCACCCUAAAGGUCCACCAGAAUACACACAGUGAGGGAGAGAACGAAACAGGAAAAAGAUAAUAUAUGUGGAAAAGGCAUCAUCUUCAUCCUACAUCAUAUAGUUAAAUGAUUCUCAGAUUUAUAUUCUGCUUAGUGUGGGAAGAAGAUCGUUAUGUGAAUAAUUCAAGUGAGAGUUUUUGGAAGCAGGGUUAUGCAACACAGUUUAAUUAUGGAGGUUGUUUUUGGAACACUGUCUUUAAAACUGCUUCUUGUACAACAUCCUACACUUGUGAAUAAAACUCUGCACCAGUCUGUACAUAACUCUGAUUUAUGGCAACUAUGAGCUCAUGUCACAAAGCCUUUUUGCUGUCCAUAUUACCUCUGUUGUACCAGAAAUGUUUUAUAUUCAUUGUAGAAUAAUUAGCUGUAGAACAACUAGGGAUUUAAAAAAAAAUAUUUAACUCUUAUAUUUUAUUUUCAGGAAAAUAAAGGUGACAGUUGUGAGGAGAAAAACAUUAUGAAAUCCAAAUUCAGGUAAAUUGGCCAAUACAUAGGAUUGUGUACUAUGGGACUUCAUUUAUGUAAUCUUGGGAUCUUAUUUUUCUCUUUUCCAAAAUAAAUAAUCAUUGCAUUAAAUGGUACUUACAUUUCUGUGGUGUUUGUCAGUUACUUUGUGUGUGAAUGAGUGACUGAGAGUCAAACUGUAAAGCGCUUUGUCUGUAUGGUGCAGUCUAUAUACCAGUACAACCAGUGGUAGGUGGAGUAAAGACAACUUUAUUUUUC